AUGACAGUCCAUCUCGACCUCGCCCAGGGCCUGCACCUGCCUUUGGUCGGCAGCCAUGCCUCGGCCCUCUACCACUCACACCCCGUUCUCGCCCUGCUGGCCGGCCUGGCGCUGCUGCCUCUGCUCGCCACCCUCGCCCUCGCCGCCUUUCUCGUGUCGCUCUCCAUCUACCGCAUGGUGACGGUCAAUGUCACCCGCACCGAGCCCUACGCCCAUCUCCGCCGUCCGAAGCACGCCGACAACUUCUUCCCCUGGUACGGCGACUUCGGUCUCAUCCGACGCCUGCCCCCCACCGAGCCCCACCUCCUCUGGUGCAGGACGCUCGAGUCGAGCGUCUUCGUCUACCGCGGCCUCUUCUACUCGCCCCGCCUCUUCCUCGGCGACCCGCGCGCCAUGGGCUACAUCCUCAGCGCCUCCAACUCGUACGCCUACCCCAAGCCCAACGCCUCCCGCCUCGUCCUCCAGUCGCUCCUCGGCAAGGGCGUCCUCGUCGCAGAGGGCGACGUCCACAAGCGCCAGCGAAAGAUCCUCCAGCCCGCCUUUGGCGUCUCGGCCAUCCGCGACCUCACGCCCUUUUUCUUCAAGUACUCGGAGAAGCUCGCCGCCAAGAUCGGAGAGAUGGUUGACCGCUCCACCCAGCCCAUCGACGAGGACAAGGGCCGCGGCGCCAACGGCGUCGACCGCGCCUACCUCCACCAGUCGGAGCCCUCGCGCACUGCCAGCCGGCCGGGCGCGCCCGUCCUCGACGUCUCCUUCUGGCUCAACCAGGCCACGCUCGACGUCAUCGGCGACGCCGGCUUUGGCCACAUCUUCAACGGCCUCGACGCCGCCUACGACCCGACCGCGCCCGAGGGCGCCAGCGGCGACGUCAUCAACGCCUCCUUCCAGCGGCUGAUGAAGGCCAUGUCGCAGAUCGGCUUUGUCCGCUUCAUGCAGCUCUACCUCUCCGAGUUCCCCGGGCUGGGCUGGGUGCGCAACCUGCCCACAAAGAGGCAGAGGGCCAUCGACGGCACCUACGCCGCGCUCGAGACCGUCUCCAAGGCCAUCGUCGAGCAGAAGCGGCGCGAGAUCCAGGGCGAGAUGGCCGACGAGAUCCGACAGCGCGGCGGCGACGCCGCCAGCGCCGGCCCGACGACCGUUACCAAGGCCGAUUUCGACGAGCGCGACGAGGCGGCGACGACGGUGCGCCAGGACGGCACCACGAUCUCGGCGGGCAAGGACCUGCUGCACCUCAUGAUGCGCGCCAACAUGGCCGACGACGUGUCGCCGCGCGAAAAGCUGAGCGACGGCGAGCUGAUUGGCCAGAUCACGACGCUGCUGCUGGCGGGCAACGAGACGACGUCGACCCAGACCGGCUGGGCGCUCCACAUCCUCGGCGACCACCCCGAGGUGCAGGCCAUGCUGCGGGCCGAAAUCCGCGACCACUUUGGCGCGCGCAUGGAGCGCCACGCCAUCGGCUACGACGAGCUGAUGAACAUGCCCUAUCUCGACCGCUUCGCAAAGGAGAUGAUGCGCUUCGCCUCGCCCGUCCCCUCGACGGUGCGCACCGCGACGCGCGCCGACACCAUCCCGCUGUCCAAGCCCUACCCGACGCGCGAUGGGCGCUCGACGUUUACCUCGGUGCCCAUCUCGGCGGGGCAGGACCUCAUCAUCCCCAUCCAGGCCAUGAACCUCUCGACCGAAAUCUGGGGUCCCACGGCGACCCAGUUCGAUCCGGACCGAUGGCUCGACGACCGCCUGCCCGAGUCGGCCAAAAAGAGCGGCCUGCCCAUGCACCUCAUGACCUUCAUCGCCGGCCCGCGCGGAUGCAUCGGCAACCGCUUCGCCAUCGCAGAGUUCAAGGCCCUCAUCUGCUCCCUCAUCGGCAGGUUCCACUUUGAAAACGUAGAGGGAUGGAAGGUCGAGAAGAAGCAGGCCAUCACCCUCCGCAGCAGGAUCGAGGGUCAGGAGGACAUCGGCCCGCAGAUGCCCCUCCGCAUCUCGCGCGUCGAAGCAUAG